AUUGAUUGGCUUUGUCCGGGGCUCGUUACCCCGAAUCGAAUGUAACACGGAGACCGAUGUUGAGCCCAAAUUACGGGCUUAGGGUAGCAUAUUUCAAGGGAAAACCUACCAAGUAAAAUUGGAAGUUGCGUCUGCUUUUAGUUUUCGUCCAAUAUAUAGUGUUAAUAUAUGUAAGGGAUUACUGUAGUGAGAAAUAUCCAGGGAGAAUUAGAGUAUAAGGGAGCGAGUGGAGAGCAGAAAUUCAGCGUGUAGUUCGGGAAGUUGAUCGAGACCCGUCUUUAGUUAUAUGUUUACUAGCAGCGUGUUUGCAGGUGAUUCGCGUGCUCUGCUUCCUGGGGAAAUUCACUCCUGUUUGCAUGACGAAAUGCGGAUUUUUAUAUUGAUGCCUUGAGCGCCAGUAGGUGGAUUCAACGACUUUCGCUUCUAGUUAAGUUACACUGAUUUCUGGAGUCGUUUGUGUACUUUUGUUUAAGUUCUUCCUUUGCGCGCCUGCCGUGCCUCAAAUGUCAUUUAAUGGUUAACGGAACAUAAAGUGUGCCUGAUAUAGUUUACAUACUAUCCAGAAAGCUGCAGCUGACAGGGCUCUUUUUAUUUAGUUAUUUUGAGAGUAGACAAUAGCGGGAGCGCCAUUCGCCACCUCUGCGGAAGAGGAAACGCGGCGGCGUCCCGUCAGCAGCCAGCCGGCGUGUAGAUGUUAAGAUGGGAGACGGCAGGUAGUAUUUCAUAGUUUCAACUUGUUGGAUCGUCAAGUGUGUAGGGAGAUCGCGGGGAAAUCUGCUGUUUUCAGGUGCGAUUUGGCUCUUGGGCGCGCUGUAAAAUGAUGGGCUUCGGUGCCAACCGCAGGGGGGGUCGCCUCCCGUCCUUCGUCAUGAUCGCGCUGGUCAUCCUCGUCCUCUUCAUUUCGUUCAACUACUGGGACGUGUCCAGACAGCGCGGCCGCCUGCUGGAUGAACUGGCGGAGGCCCAGGCGCAGGUGAAGCGCACGGAUGCGGCGCGCAGCCGGCUGGAGAAGCGCAACUCGGAGCUGAUGGUGCAGGUGGAUGGGCACCGAAAGGAGGUGGACCAGAAGGAGGGCGAGCGCAACACCCUGCGCAACAGCCUACAGGCUGUGGAGGUGCAGUUCAAAAGGUGUAAUGACGAGAAGAUGAAAAUUCAGAGCGACUCUUUCUCACAAGUAUCAGAGAUCCAGCGGCUUAAAGAGCAGCUCAAGGAGCUGAAGCAGGAAUAUAUGAAGCAGGAGGGUCUGCUGCAGGAGCUGAAGAAGAAUAGGACCUCCAUGGACAAGAAGCUGGAGUUUGAGAGUUUGCAGUGCAAGCAGAAAAUCAACCAGCUGAAUGGCGAGCAUUUGGAGAAGCAGAGGAUCCUGGAGGAGGAGGUCUUUCAGUUGAGAAAGAACCGAGCCAUGGAAACUGCACAUAAGACAGACAGAGACGUCCCCAGGCUGACUGUGCACCACCCAGACGUCCCCAGGCUGACUGUGCACCACCCAGACGUCACUGACACUAAAGAGCUCGGCAAGCUCGCUGCUGGCGCUGACGUGCCGGGCUUGAGGGACGGCGACUUGGAGAAAGUGAAAGAGGCCGCAUUCGCACUGAGGAAGCCGGCCAUUACGCGGAAGCAGGUGCAGCAUGCGGUCGACGGGCCAGCAAAGGCACAGGACCAUGCUGGUCCUUUGGGGAGCGAGGUGUUACCCCUGAAGCUUGACACGAAGGUGGAGAGACUGGCUGCGGGGGCCGGCGACGGAGUCAGAGAUGUGCCCCAAGACCAGGGAGCCAUGGAGGGUGGGCAUGCAGACGGCCGUGCCGGACAGCAGGGACAGCUGCCUGUUCCAGAUAGAGUGAAAGUUGCCGCUGUUGAUGAGAAGAGAGAGGGUCUCCAGGUGGCCCCCAACCCGGCCCAAGUUCUGGCCAAGCCUAUGGAGAAUGAGCCAGCCUGGAACCCUCAUCCUGCGCAGAUCCAGAAUGAAGGCCAGCAUGUUGCAGAAGGCAGACGACACCAAGCUGUGGACAUGCUGUGAACUGCAGCCGAAAGCCAAACUCUUCGGACAUGAAGUAAGCUCACUUACUUGGUUGCAGGACCCGGAAUUCCAAGCAGUUAAGAUUCUGUGCCAAUUCAUGGUCUCCAGUGACUCUCAGAAACCCUCCUUAGCAACAGAUAAUGAAGAUGAAACAGAUGGGUCCUUUUAAUUAUUUUUUUUAUGAAUGGACUUCUUCCCAAAACGUGUUUUCUGAUAAAGGACUCUAGCUGUUGACUCCUCUGCUGUUCGUGCACGCACUAUCAACCACAGCUCGAUGUCAGCGGAAGGGGCAAAGCUCGCGGAGAAAUUCCAGGGAGGUGGGUAUCAUACCACCUACAGUCCAACUAGGACUAGGUUUAGGGCAGUGUUUCCAAAUCCGGUCCUCCGUAAUCCACACAGUCCGCAUUUUUGUUCCAUCCCCUGGUAGGAAGCUGGAAGGGUGCAGAAAUGUGUACUUUCUGGCAGUAAGCCAGCAGGGAGCAAAAACGUGGACUGUGGGUUCCCAAGGACUGGACUGGGAAACACUGGUUUAGGGAAAGGUUUUUUUUGUUAUGUUAUUGGAUAUUUUGAAUGCAUAAGAGAACAUGGACACUAGUAUAAUAAUGACUAAUUAAUAAUGAUUAAACUGGUAUAAGAGAAAAUCCAUGUGUUUCUCUGGUCUAUUCUGUACAGACCUGUCCAGAAGACCUCACUGCUGCUGUUUUGAACCAAAUUCUCAUGCUACUCUUUGUUAUAGGACAAAAACCUUUUGAAUGACAAAUAUUUUCACUCAAAACUCCAAAUUAUUUUGCUGUUAGCUUUUGGUUCAGCAUCUGAUCAGACACUUUCUUGUGUGGGACUUGUUAAAGGUCUCCUUUCUGAGUGCUAUUUUUAGAUGUAAUUCAGUUGCGCUCGUUGAAUAGGAAGAGCACUUCGGAAAUUGUGUAACAAAUCAGUAGGUUGCCCCGGAGAAUUCUAAAGUGUUUGGGAAGGCUUGCUUGGGGAAGAUGAAGCCAGGUCAUCCUAAGCAUCUUCAGGCUCUGACAUAUAGCCGUUACUUUCACCUUGGCCUGAGGGCCGUUGACCUUGGGCUGGGGGCUGCUGUAUGGCUGUAUAUGGCGCUAAACACCCUGAAUGUCUUAUGCUUGUUCAUUAAAGGAAGAAUCCAGUGA